UGAAAGCAAAGACAGUUCAGAGCGAGGAUCCUGGCAGGCAAUGUGCAAAGGCUCCGGACUGCAAUGUAAUAGACAACAGCACGGAUUUCAGUGCGGGGAGAAGAUGCUGCGUCCUGUGAGAACAAUGUGCAAAGCAGCCCACUGCUUUCAGCUGCAGUUUGGGGCUAAAUGCAGUUACCCUUCUCCAUUCCCCGAUGCCCGGCUGCCCUUCAGUAGGAACCUUGUGUCGCUCGUGUCCAGCACAGGGGCUGGAGAUGAAGGGGGAAAGGAUGGAUCAGAACCAGGACGGGAGCUGGGAGCUGCGCAGGGUCGGCCAGCCUGGACAUGGCCAGGAAGAACGGCUCAGCUCCCGAGGAGACGUUCCCUAUCGCCGCUGGAACGGGUCAGCAGCCUGAUCCCACAGGAGAUGCUGUCCCAGGAGGUAAUGGACCUGCAGCAGAUAAACCAGGAGCCAGGCCCAAAAGGUUACACAGCAGUAUCCAUGCCCUCCGCACCCACAGGAUGGCAGGCACCAUCUGAGUGCAGCUGGCAUCUACCUCAGGAGGAGGUCCAUGGUCAGGGGGACAGUGCUUGCCAACCGAACCCCCCAAACAGAGAAGUGCCCUUUAAACCUGGGGAUGUAGUGCUGGUGGAGUUCCGCAGGAGACGCUGCUUGGAGCUGCAAAAGAUGUUCAACUUGGUGAAGGAUGGGAAGUUGCACAGUCAGUGGGGCAUGCUGUCCCACCAGGAGAUCCUAGGACAUCUCCCCGGCCAAAUCUUCAGGACCUCAACUGGCUUUAAGUUUAUCUUGAGGAGGCCGUCGCUGGAGGAAUUUGUGCUGCUCAUGAAGAGAGGACCAGCCAUUUCUUAUCCUAAAGUAUGGAAUGCUUGUCUCUUUUAAAAAAGAAAACUGGGUAAUUCAAAUGUAAAGAUUUAAUUUUAAAAGGUAAAAAAGAAAUUGUCGCACUUUAAUGUAAAUACCCAAUUUAAACUGUUGAGAACGAACAUUCCCAAAAUGUGAACAUCUGUGCCCUGUCCUCAAAGAAAGUUGCAUACUCUCUUUGUAAGGUAGGGCUGUGUUCCCUGGAAUUUAGAAAUGGGAAUUUGAUCAAAGUUUUCAUGAUCUUAAAGUAGAUACAGUGAAAAUAUUUCCACUGGUUGGGGUCUGUAGGACUAACAGCAUUAGGACUACCAACUAGCAGCACAGUCUAAAAAAUAGCCAGAUCAUUCAGGAUUAAAAUUAGAAAAUGUUUCCAUGUACAGGAGGUGAUAAAAGUUUGGAAUCUCCUGCAAAUGAUAAUUGAUACUAGCUCAGUUGUUACAU